CACGCACAGUGUGCUGCACCAAGAGCUCCUUAACCGUCGGGACGCACCUACUCUCAAAAGAUUCGCAACGAGACACCAUGUCCAAGGCUCAAAAGAAAGACGACGUAGCUGUAGGUGGACUGCGUAUCGUGUACCAGGAUACGUCUAAGGAACUCGAAGAGCUCAUCCUCACCAGCGCCACAAACGCACUCAAGGCACUCUACAAGGGCGAAAAGAACCAAUUUACAGAGGUUGCGCAGCAGAUCAAGCACGAAAUCGAGGAAACUCAAGAAGGCGCGUGGCACGUCAUCGUUGGCAAGUCGUUCGGGUCCUUCGUCUCACAUGAAGUCAAAAAGUAAGUUCUCUAUCAUUGUGUAAAUUAUUUACUUACCUUUGACCAUCUGCAGGAUGUUAUACUUCUUCCUGGGUCAGAUUGGCUUCCUCGUGUACCGGCAUAGCUAAUUGCAUUGUGCGCCAUUAAAUAAUCAUUUUGCC